UCCUGCAAUCGAGACUCCGAGGCGUUAAACCCGUGUCGAGUUCCGGCGAUUCUCCCUCUCUCGAUUCCCUUCCUUUUGGGCUUCAAAAAUCCCUCUCCCUCUCCCAUAUUUCUCCUCCUCCUCCUCCCUUUUCUCCCUCCUCCCAACGCCACAGAAGAGAGAGAGAGAGAGAAAAGAGCUCGAGACAAAUAAGAGAGAGAGAGAGACAGACAGACAGACAGAAAGAGAGAGAGAGAGAGCGAGAAAAAAGAGAGAAAGAGACAAACAGAGAGAAAGAGAGAGAGAGAGGACUCAGGGCCAUGAUGCACGAGUACGCGAAGGAGGCGCAGCAGGAGAGGCGGAGUGGCAGGGUGUUCCGGCCCUUCCACGUGCGCAAGUUCAAGGCCCUGCAGGAGGUGUACGCGUGCCUCGAGGACUACCAGGAGCAGACGGUCACGCACUUCAUCAAGUACAACAGGGACAAGAACUUCGGCAAUGAAGAAUACAUGCCAAACAUCGAGAAGGGCCGCAUCCACUACUGGUCACACACGGGCAAGUGUGGCGUCCCCAUCGAGUAUGACGGGGUGCCCUUCAUGCACGUGGGCAGGUGGGUGCUCAUGUGCCACCAGGGCCAAGACACCAAUAAACGGCACAAGGAGAAGUACCAGAUACGCAAACAUAUAGAGCAGCAGGAGAGUGGAGUGACACCAAAGAGUAGAAACCGCACUCAGAUUACAAAGAAGGUGAACUGUCCGGCAGAAAUAUACGUGAACCAUAUAAUGAAGUUCCCACAGCAUAAGGUUCCAAAUGCACUCUUGGCCAUCAACUCCCUACCCACAGACCACAUGAGGAAGCUAGCCAAGAAGAAGAUCAUCAACAGUUUCAAGCGGUACUCGAACCGAUUUGUGAGGGAGUCGUGGUAUUAUGUCAGGCUGCCUGAUCCUUCUGCACACGAGGGGCAUCCAGUUAUCGGCCUGGUAAGUGGUUUGUGCGAGAGCAGAGGGGAGGCUUACAAGGAAAAUAUGAUCCUUGAAAAUAACUUGAUUUUGAGAUAG